AAAGAAAGAAAGAGAGAGAGGGAGAGGGACAGAGAGGGGGGGGUAUGUGAAUGGAUGUUUGUCUCCGCCCCCUUUUCAUGGUGCCUUCUUGACGGUUAGCAGUGUGAAAUAUUCACUUUACUGCUUCAGACCAGAGCACACACUCUGUGACACUGAUGGACGGUGUGUGUGCACGUGUGUGUGUGCACAUGUGUGUGUGUGUGUGUGUGUGUGUGUGUGUGUGUGUGUUUGUGUAGGGCGAAAGGCUUCAGGGACGAGUGUGUUAUCAGGACGUGUCUCCUCUCAUAGUUUUCCUCAGAUCUGAUGAGGACACGAUCGAGUUCAGGGCCAGAAAAUCUGCUGAACUGUCACGUGAGCUCCUGCUGUUUCCAUAGAAACGCCGGCAUCAUGGGUAGCGUCAGCAGUCUAAUACCCGGCACUAAGAACUGCAGAGGUUCGGAUCAGAAGCUGAAAAAAGGAUUUCAGUGUAAAAGAGGCAGAUUGCUGAAGCACGAACACAACGGCAAAAACAACAACUCCGAACUCGGCCACAUCUCCGCCGGAACCGGCAACACCGACGACUUCUUCUACAUCAAAGUGAGCCACACACCCAGAGGAGAAGAAACGACGGACGAGGCGGGCUCGAGGAGAACGCCGACAGAACUGAGCGUGUGCACGAGAUUAGAGCAGACGGCAGAAGGCUCUUUUAUGGCACAGUUCUCCCGGAGCAGCAGCUCUUCUGUAGAAACCCACAACAGUUUGAGCACAAUUCUGGGAACCAACCUCAGGAAUAUCGACCGUCCAAAAGCCCAGACACCGGAACCAAAACAGAACAUAAGCUCGGGAUCUCCGUGCGAUUCCGGGAUUUACGGUUCCAGCUGGACCAACGACGCCGCUAACAGCAGGACUAAAUUGACUGGUGGGUUUAAUGGAGAUGGCAGGACGUCCAACUCCAGCAUGAGAUCCACAAGCGUGUUGAGUGACUGUACCUCCGGCCCGACGAGCUUAAAAACCGACACUACUACUAAAACUGUGGAACUCACCCACACCAGCCCUUCCUCUGAGAGGAAUUUUCCAAGUUCACUGGUAUCUGAACUGUCUGAGGAACAACAGCUCUACGGCUCGGAGGUAUCCCAGCAUGCUUUGCGGGCUCAGCAGCUCCUCCAGCUGCAGGUUAUUCAGCUCCAGCAGGAUAAAGAUCGACUCCAGGAAGAAGUGGAUCAGUUGAUAAGGGACCGAGAUUCAGCAGAGAGUCAACUCAUCUACAAACACCAACACACCCCCAUAACAGCCACACUGGAAGAGACACAGUGGGAGGUUUGUCAGAAAGUAGGUGAAAUCUCUCUGCUGAAGCAGCAGCUGAAGGACUCGCAGGCUGAAGUGACCAGUAAGCUGAGCGAUAUCGUGUCUCUAAGGGCUGCAUUGAGAGAAACCAGGAGUAAAAUGGAGGAGCUGGUGGAGAAACAGCGUGAGUGUGAGGAGGCACUGCGCUUAAGGAACACUGAGAUGGAGGUCUGUGAAAACGAGCUGCAGAGGAAGAAGAACGAAGCAGAGCUGCUCAGAGAGAAAGCAGGAAAGCUGGAGACCGACGUCAAAACCCUGAAUCAAGAUCUCCUGGUGGCCAAAGAGGAACAUUUAGAGCUGCUAAAAGUUAAGGACCAGCUGCAGGAGCAACAAAAUCUUCUGCAGGUCUUGCAAUCCAAGAAGGUUGACAGAGAAACAUCAGAAGACCUUGAUGUCCUUCAAAAGGAGGUGGAGAGACUGCGUGAGCAGCUGGAGGAGGAGAAGAGAAAGAAGGAGAAGAUCCUGAGCAGCUUCCAACAUGAGAAACAGACAUGGAAUAAAGAGAAGGACAAAGUGAUACGUUACCAGAAGCAGCUGCAGUGUAACUACUUGCAGAUGCACAGAAAGAACCAGGAGCUGGAGAAAAGACUGAAGGAACGAAAUGGCAAAGUGGAAAACAGGACAGAAAAGGACAGGGACAGGACACAGCAGGAGACGGACGUCCGAAAGACAGAUGUGCGCUACAGUGAAAUGGUGGCCACUGAGAUAUGAUGCAGUGUACUAUUCCAUUCACAUCUUUAAUGCACACUUGCCCGCUUCAGUUCGGUUCGGUUGUCAAGGUCCACUUGUAGAAAAAAGGUUCCUCACGGGUUCCUCGGAUGGUUCUGCUUCAUUUUAGCAAGAACCCUCCUUUGUUUGUUUGUAGUUAUAUUCACAGCCGUCCUUCAGACAGAUGAACCAAAGGAGGUUUUACUAGAUAAAAAGUAAUCUUCAUAAGUUUUCCCAGGAUUGUGUCUGGUGGAUUUUAGCCAACCUUAUUCUGCUACCUAGUAAGUAAGCUAAGUAGGCUAGAUAUUGAGAAAUUCCAUCAGUCUUCCUGCUGAAGACAAAACCUGUUCCUAACAUCACUCCCAGCUACAUACUGUAAAAGUGGGAACUAUGGUCACAACAUGGAAAUGGUGUUAACGUAACAGGAUCGUAACACGUCACACUCUCUACUGACACAACACCAAAAGUGUAACUGAACUUUAACGUUUUGUCUAGAUUUUAUGAUUAUUAUUUUUUUUAUGAUUGUAAUUUAUUCGUGAGUGAAGCUCAUCACCCCGACAGUUUUUUAUAUUGUUUUAUUUGCUAAAAAAUACAUCACACUGCACUAAUGCCCCUUUUCCACCGAGGCAGUUUGAGUGCAGGUUCGGAGCCUAAUUUAGAACCAGUUCUUUCUGUUUCGACCACCAA